AUGAAAGCAAAGGGGACAGUGAAAAUUGUACUGUUCGGCGCUCCCGGGGUGGGGAAGGGUACCUUCGCGGAGAUCUUGUCCAAGAAAGAAAAGCUGAAGCACAUAAACAUGGGGAACAUACUCAGGGAAGAAAUAAAAAAGAAAAGUACCAUAGGGAAAGAAAUCGACAAAGUAGUUACGAGUGGAAAUCUAGUCACAGAUGAUUUGAUAAUAAGGAUAGUGAAAGACGAAAUAGCUAAAGUGACAAUACAGAAGGAUUGCCACUUUAAGGGGUUUAUUUUGGAUGGCUUCCCACGUACCUUAUUUCAGUGUAAAGAGCUGGAAAAAAUAACGAGCAUCGAUCUGUUCAUCAAUAUACACAUGCCGAGGCAUAUCCUGAUUAAAAAAAUUCUGGGUAGGAGAAUUUGCAAUGAAUGCAACAGAAAUUUUAACAUUGCCCAUAUUCGAGAGGACCCGUAUGAUAUGCUUCCUAUUCUUCCGCCCCAGGACUGUGACAAGUGUAAGGGUAACCCAAAGCUACACAGCAGGAGUGAUGACAGUGAGGAAAUUGUUUUCCACCGACUGAGCACGUACGAAUUGACCUACUCUCCUCUCAUUAAUUUUUUUAAAAACUCGAACUGUAACCUCGUCGACUUUGAGAUAAAGCGAGGGCUGCUGGACUUCGACAGCUUUUACCGCCUGGUCGGGCGGCACCUUUAG